AAUUUAUGAAGAACUAAAAAUUGGGACUUAGAUUCUAGAUCUAGUUAAUUGGCUUAGAUGUAGAUCUAGUUUAGUAUCUAAGUAUGUCAAUAUUUACAUCUAGAUCUAGUAGUACUCUUGACUCUAGACCAGAUGUAAUUUAGAUAAAUCUGGAUAGGGGCAACAUAUGUCAGAAUGGCAGAAGAGGAGCUAACGUUUACUGAAAAUAUGGAUCUAACAUUGCCAGAGAGGAAUUUAUCAAAUCUGGCCAUUAGAUUCCCAGAACUUCUUCCUUCUAGACACUUUAUGGAUCUUAGCAGGUGGCCUAUUUUCUGCAUCCUCAACACAGAGCUUCUGUCCACUGUAAGAAAAAUAUUUGUGUUUGGGAACUCUGGGAAUGAAGCUAUUUUUAUCACAGACACAGACGAUGUGUUUGCUUUUGGUUCAAAUUGCAGCAACUGUCUUGGCCUUGGGGACUCACACAGCAGCUUUGAGCCACGUAAAAUUGACAGUCUCUGCCAAAAGAAAGUGAUAGACAUUUCCUUUGGUAGUGGUCCUCAUGUUGUUGCUCUGACUCAAGCUGGUGAGGUUUACAGCUGGGGUCACAAUGGUUACUGUCAGCUGGGUAACGGCUCCUCUAGUCCUGGCUUUAUUCCUGGCCUGGUCACCACCAAUCUUAUUAACAGAAAGGUGGUCAAGAUAGCUUGUGGUAGCCACCAUACAAUGGCACUAUUGUCAGAUGGAGAGGUCUAUGCAUGGGGUCAAAAUAACUGUGGACAAGUUGGUACAGGCUCUUCCACCAAUCAGCCAUCACCACGUAAAAUUACUGCAACUAUUGGUACCAGAUUUGCAGUGGCCAUUGCUUGUGGGCAGACAUCAUCAAUGGCUUUGUUGGAUAAUGGGGAGGUUUAUGGAUGGGGAUAUAAUGGAAAUGGACAACUGGGAAUCGGCAAUAAUGUCAAUCAGCCCAAUCCUUGUCGCGUGGUUGCCUUGCAGACUAUCAUAAUUACUCAGAUUGUUUGUGGCUAUGCUCACACUUUGGCCCUGUCAGAUGAAGGAUCUAUAUACUCCUGGGGAGCUAACUCAUAUGGUCAGCUGGGGACAGGGAAUAAAGCCAAUGCGGUGGUGCCUGCGAAAGUCACAUCUCAGAGUGAAAGGUUUGUGGAGAUAGCUGCCAGUCACUACAGUCACAUCUCUGCAUCCAUGUGCCAGAAUGGCAAAGUGUACAUGUGGGGUCAGUGUCGUGGCCAGUCUCUGACCAGCCCUUGGAUGACCAGGUUUUCAUCCACAGAUGAUGUGUUCGCUGCAUUUUCAACCCCUCCUGUCUCCUGGAGAAUUUACUCUGUUGAUCUUAUCAAGGGUUCGCGUGUGGCUGAUGCAGUGGCAGCAGCAUUUGAUAAUCCAGAAACCAGUGAUAUCAAGUUUGUUGUGGAUGGGAAAGACAUACAUGUACACAAGACUAUUCUCAAGAUGAGGUGUGAGCACUUUAGGUCAAUGUUCCAGUCUUGCUGGGAUGAAGGAAGCAAAGAGUCUAUUGAGAUCACCCAGUAUUCCUAUCCUGUGUAUAAAGCCUUCCUCAAAUAUCUGUACACUGAUGAUGUUGACUUGAGUCCUGAUGAAGCCAUAGGCCUGCUAGAUUUGUCCAACUCCUACUGUGAAGAGCUCCUGAAGAUGAAGUGUGAGUCCCUCAUCCGACAGAGUAUCUCUGUGGAUAAUGUGGCCAUGCUCUAUGCUGCAGCCAUUAAGUUUGGAGCACAGACACUUGAAGAUUUCUGUUUCCGCUUUUCACUGAACCACAUGACAGCCGUGACACAAAGCGAGGCUUUUAACAAACUGGACGAGUCAGUUGUGAAGGAGUUCAUAUACAAAGCCAGCCUAGCUGGAGCAUUUCGAAACUGACUUCUACAUACAAAUUAGAGCCACAGGAAGUUAGGAUGCAGCUGGGAUAGAAAAUUUCUUGACAAUGUUUUCUCAAUGAUUGACACUCUUAUAAAAUUUUACCUAAAAAAAUGUUCGAACAGAAAAUGUAAUAAAUUAUUUAAUAGGUCAAGUCUUAGAAAGUAAUUCUUUUUUUUUUUUAUUUUUUUAUUUUCUUAAUUGAAAUGGGACAUUAUUUUAGAACAAGAGUUAAUUCCUAAGGGUUUGAGUAAAUAGAGGCAAUCCAAGCUUUGAACAUCAUGUUCAGCGCAUUCAAGUGCUUUCAAUAUCAUUCAUAUAUGAAAUGAGCUGUUUAAAUUUAUAUUUAGUAGAAAAAAAUCAAUUAUUAACUGCUUAAAUCAAACUAACAAGAAGGACUAGAUGGAGAAAUGGAUAAGCAUAGUAAAUAUUUUUUUUUUAAGAAAUAAAUAAUAUUUACAAAUUAAGAUAAGAAUACUUAGGACAUUAAGUAAUAAUAAAUUAUUAAUUAAAUUUUAUACUCCAAGUGUUAACAAUUGAAAUAAUAAAUAAAUGUGCAUCCAACAAAAAGUCUGAGAUAGAAAAAAAACUAAUUGCAAUUAUUAUGUUAUCAAUGUUUGAAGGCAAAGUAAGCAGAUGUUUUUAAAAAUGAAGGCUCUUCAAUCAUUUAUUUUUUUCAAAGUGUUUUUUUUCUUUUGAGACACUUUUAUAUUGUUUGUUUUAGCAAAAGUUUGCAAGAUAUGGUCUAAUUAGAAUUUAAAUCUUAUCUCAAGUUUCUAUGGUUGGAAUUCAUUAACAACUGAACUGUUCGUUCCACAAGUUAAAAUCAAAAUUGUACUAUGAACUUCAUAGGUGUAUAGGAAGCUAUUUCUUAUUUCUACCCUGAAAAGUUACAUUACAAAGUUUAUAAAUAACAAGUAUUUCCUGGAUAUUAUUAACAUUCCAUUGAUUUAACACUAAUCAUUGAUAUGAAAUAUUUUUCUGAUAUUUUAUUUUGGUAAUUUUUUUUUCUGUUGAUUUUAUGAGAUUUGUAAUGUUUCAUGAGAUGUCUUAUUACAAUUGAAGGCCAGAAGUCUAAAAAUAAAACCUAGCUCAUAUUCUGUUGACCCAAGAUUGAAGAAAUCAGUCCUAAGUUUUAAUGUUUCUGAUGAAUUUAUGAGCUUGUAACAAAACAAAAUCUCUAGUACCCCAACAAGUUUGAAGGUGAAGCUGGAACUUUUUAAUACCUCAGUGUUGUUUUUUUUUAAUGUUUUUAAAUGUAUAAAUAUAUUUAUAUAUAUACCACAAGAACACAAUAUGUUGCAUAUCUAGGAUACCAUUGAGUUGUUACUACCAAAUUAUAAAUAUUUUGUAUACCACUAGAGUACCACUGUGUGCUGUAACGAAGUAUGAAUGUUGUUGUAUACCACUUAGGCACUACAAUACUAAUACAAACACUAGGGAUAUAUUACUUGUUUUCAGAGUUAGGUUGUCCUCCCUGGUUUCUAUAUUGUAUACAUAAGAAAUACAUUGUACAUAUUUAUAUAUGAAUAUGGAGCCCCACUGUGCAAUAACUUAAUUUAAGUUGUAAGUUUGUUUUUUUCUAAUUUAAUGAAAAAAAAAAAAAGACGUUUCUGUGUUACUUUUUUAAAUGUCAGAGUGUUUGUUGUUUUUGUUGAUUUGUAGUUUUCUUUUUGUUAUUUCCCAAUUUUUCUUUUUGGUCUUUGUUUUUUGUUAUCCUGUCUUUAUUUACCCAAUAAGAAAAGUAACUUGUUGUCUAAUCAUUUUAAAUUUGAUGACAUGAUACAUAUGCCACAGACCAAACAUUGUUAGUUUGAUUGGCUCCUUGAAAUUUGUUUGAUUUUGUUGACUCGAUAUGUCAAGAUUAUUUCAAUAGGUCACAUCAGUUUGAGUCUGAACUUGAGCUCUACGGUGAUAACCUUAGUGAUAGUCUUAUUUACUGAUUAACAAUUGGGUUAGCACUAUCUACCUUGAGUUUUCCCCAACUAAUGUCAGGUACCCAUGACAGUUGGGUGGACUCAGUGGCACCCUAAAGAUCCCAAAAUUAAAAUCCCAUUCUUCAUCAUGAAUCGAACCCGGGAUUCCCAGUUUGGAAGCCAUCUGCUUAACCACUCAGCCACCAUGCCCCCUAGUGCUGCCUUUAGGCACUCAUCAAACACAUCAGCUGGAAUAAGGAUAUGCACUUGAACCCUUAACUAAGCAGCCAAGCAGGUUAUGCAACUCAUCCUACAUUUAACAAGUCACUUCAUAGUUUUUCAUUUAUCGUGUGUGAAUAAAUGUUCAACCUGUAUAAACAAAUUAUGAUACAGACAUGUUGCAAUAGACAUUCUACAUUUUUGUUUUGGUCAUGAUAGUAUUUUCUAAGUAAAGCUUUGAAUCUAUUUUUCAUUUAAAAAAACACUUAUCAGUGAAAGUGAACAACUGAUUGAUGUGAUACUUACUGUUUGUGUAGUUUAUAAAUGUAUCUGGAUAAUAUAUUUGAUUGUGUAUAUAUAUAUAUACUGCAUCAAGCCAUCACUUGCUGCACAUUAUUGCUUGUAUACUCUGUUUCCAAGACCUCACUAAUACAACUCUCACUUAUUGUUGGUUUUUCCCUGAUGCUCAGGCGCUUAUUGCCAUGGCCUCUCUGAGUUAGCAGGCACAUAUUGCCAUGACCUCUCUGAGUUCGCAGGUACAUAUUGCCAUGGCCUCUCUGAGUUAGCAGGCACAUAUUGCCAUGGCCUCUCUGAGCAAGCAGGCACAUAUUGCCAUGGCUUCUCUGAGUUAGGAGGCACAUAUUGCCAUAGCCUCUCUGAGUUCGCAGGUACAUAUUGCCAUGGCCUCUCUGAGUUAGCAGGCACAUAUUGCCAUGGCCUCUCUGAGUUAGCAGGCACAUAUUGCCAUGGCCUCUCUGAGUUAGCAGGCACAUAUUGCCAUGGCCUCUCUGAGUUAUGGCCUCUCUGAGUUAGCAGGCACAUUUACCAUGGCCUCUCUGAGUCAGCAGGCACACAUUGCCAUGGCCUCUCUGAGUUAGCAGGCACAUUUACCCUGGCUUCUGAGUUAGCAGGCACAUAUUGCCAUGGCUUCUCGUUAGCUGACCUUAUUCUUCUAGCUAUUGUAGAAGAAAUAAAUAUGAUGAUAAUUCUGCUUAUAAAAAAAAAAAAAGAAGCAAUGUGUGUAAUCUCUUCUUGGCUACAUAGCAAUCCUUUAUUUCUAAUCUGAACUCCACAAGGUUAGUGACUUUCCUAUUUCUGUGUUGAUGUUCAAAACCUGAGCCAGCCGUCAGGUGACCUUUUACCUUUAUUACAUUUUUUUCCUUCUACAAUGCAGUAUUGCUCAAAUUUGUUAGUUUUUGAAAGUCAGCUAGCCAACAAGCAUUCUUUUUGGUUUGCACUUUGGUGUUUAUUUUUAUUGUCCUUCUCCUGUGUACUACAAAUAUACAUUAGGUUUUAAAGUGUCAUGCAACUGAAUGUUUUAAUGUUACUGUGAUAAGGUAUUUUGUUCAGUUCAUUAAUCUUAAGUCAGAAAGACUAAUAUUUAUUUUAAAAUUUAAUUUGGGCAAAAAAAAUCCCAUUUUUAAUUUUUGAUUGUUUCAUUGAAUAGAAAGUCUGUGUAAAUGCAUUUAAUAAUUUUACAUUAUAUGUCAACAGUCACAAUAUUUGCUGUCCAUUACAUUUAUUUUUAUGGUCAUAUUUUUAAAUCACUUACAUUUUUUGUCAUGCUUUUUAAAAUUUGACCCACUUUUAUUCAUUUGUCCCACUUUUUAAAUUAGACACUUUAGUGACCCACUUAAGUUUCAUUUUUCACAGUUUUGUUAAAUUUAACCCAAUUUAGUUUCAUUCGUCUCAUAUAAAAAAAAUAUCUUUUUCCAUUUUAGUUUCAAUAUUUCCUUUUUUUUUUUUAAAUUGACCUACUCUUUUCCAAUAGUCCCAUUUUUUUUAAAUUGCCUUUUUUCAUUUGUCCUGUUUUUUUUUUUUAAAUAUCAAUAUUUAUUUUUUAGUUUUGUCAGAACCAACUAGUGCAGCUGGUUGAUCAAUGCAUUGUGCAUUCACUGAACUCUUGUUGUGAUCAAAUUUUUGUAUUGAUAGAAAACAAAUCACUUGUACACA